AUGCUUAAGAAGUUUACUUCUUCACCACACCAUUUUUCAUCCACAGGUACAGGGAAAACAGUGGUUGGUAUUCACAUUGCUUACCAGUUUUUCAUGAAGAACCAAGACUUGCUGGCCUCUUCCAAAUUUUCAAAAUCUUCCAAAUCAACCCUUGAUGAGAAACCCCCCAAAAAGCCUGCCAUCCUCUACUGUGGACCUUCCAACAAGUCUGUGGACAUUGUUGCAGAACAGUUGCUAAAACUCAAGGGAGUCCUAAAGCCUCUGAGAAUCUAUUGUGACCAGAUGGAAAUGUGUGUAUAUCCAUAUACAGGCAGUGAUCUAAAGCUUUGCCGCAAAUCACUCCGUGAUGAAAAACCAAAAGAGGAGCUCAAGGAUAUUACACUGAUGUACCUUGUUCGUAAAACUGGGAAUGAUUUUUCGGAAAAAAUAAAAAACUUUGAAAAGAUUGACUUAACAGAGGAUGAAAUAGACACCUACAGGAAACAGUUGAAGGAAGCUCACAAGCAUGAGAUUCAGAAAUAUGAUGUAGUGUUGUGCACCUGCUCAACAGCACUGAAACCUGAAAUCCUGGCGGUCAUGGAUUUUCAGCAAAUAAUCAUUGAUGAAUGUGCCAUGGCAACAGAACCAGAGGCCUUCAUCCCUUUAGUUUCCUACAGUCCAAGGCAGAUUGUUUUGCUGGGCGAUCACCGACAGAUACGGCCGAUAGUGCAGUGUGCCCUCGUGAAAAAGAUGGGCAUGCAGCAGUCUCUGUUUGAACGCUACAUGGAUCUGGCCAUUAUGCUGGAUACACAGUACAGAAUGCAUGAAGAAAUUUGCAGGUUUCCUUCAAAAGAAUUUUAUGAAGGCAAAUUGAAAACCGGAGCUGAACGAGGACGCCGCUACCUGCUAAACAAGUACAAACUGCCAACGGCGAUUCUGUUUGGCCACGUGCAAGGAAAAGAAGACCGUUUAGUGGUAUCUACAAAAGCGGGCAAUGAGAACUCAGUGGCCAACACUGAGGAGGCAGAGCAGGCUGUCCGUGUGGCAGGUCUGUUAAUUAAACAGUCACGUGUGGAACCUGAGCAUAUUGCGAUUCUGACCCCUUACAACGCACAGGUGUCAGAGAUCAAAAAUAUAUUAAAGAAGAGGCAUCUUGCAAAUGUCUCUGUUUGCACAAUCAUGAAAAGCCAAGGAAGUGAGUGGCCAUAUGUGAUCCUGUCUGCUGUGCGCUCCUGCUCUGAUAUAGAAAGCGACAGACCAAGUAAAGCCUGGCUUGGAAAAAGACUUGGAUUCAUUACUGAUCCAAAUCAGGUCAAUGUCGCCAUAACUCGUGCACAGGAUGGGCUGGUCAUUCUGGGUAAUAGUAACCUGUUGAAACGCUGUGAACUUUGGAAAAGACUCCUGGAUCACUAUUACAAAGAACACUGUGUAGUGGAUCCAGCUAGUGACAUUAAGGUCCAAAACAGAAUGUCGGCAGCCAAAAAAUAG